AUGGAUUAUUUAGCCUCCGAUUUUUCCAAUAAUAUUAAUAUACCUAUAGGACGGGCACGGGCAGUUAUUCUACCAUCUUCUUUUCAAGGUUCUCCUAGAAACAUGCAAGAGCGUUAUCACGACGCAAUGUUUAUCGUCUUAAAAUAUGGCAAACCCUAUCUUUUUAUAACUUUUACUUGCAACCCAACAUGGCCCGAAAUAUCCGAAAAUCUUUUUAACGGUCAAACGCCUGCCGAUAGACCUGAUAUAGUUUCUAGAGUUUUUAAAAUUAAAUUAGCUGCUUUUUUAUCUGAUAUCACUAAAAAUAACAUGUUCGGGAAAACAUUGGCAUAUGUUUAUACAAUUGAAUUUCAAAAAAGAGGAUUACCUCAUGCCCAUUUGUUGUUCAUUAUAAGUUCAGAGCAUAAAAUUGAUACCGCUGAGGCUAUAGAUAAAUUUGUAUGUGCCGAGAUACCAGAUAGAACUAACAAUUCACAAUUAUUUAACAUUGUUACGCGUUUUAUGAUUCAUGGCCCAUGUGGCAUUCUUAAUCCUCGAUCACCUUGCAUGGAUAAUGGCGUAUGUACUAAAAAUUUUCCUAAAGAUUUUAUAAAUGAUACAAUAACAAAUACUAAUGGGUAUCCUCUAUAUAAAAGAAGGGAUGUAGGUUCUAUAUUAAUAUCCGGUAAACCUGUUGAUAAUCGUUUUGUUAUUCCAUACAAUACCUACUUACUUUUAAAAUACAAUGCUCAUAUCAAUGUUGAAAUAUGCACUUCUGUUAAAUCAGUAAAAUAUAUUUUUAAAUACGCAUAUAAAGGUUAUGAUUGUGCAAAUAUCGAUUUAAAUUUAGAAUCUCUCCCCCCUAAAUAUGAUGAAAUUAAAAGUCAUUUAAACACUCGGUAUGUUAGCUCAUGUGAAGCGAUGUGGCGGUUAUUAGAGUAUCCCAUGCAUGAUCGUUCACAUGCCAUUAUUCGAUUAGCUCUCCAUAUGCCUUUUAAACAAUCUGUCUAUUUUCAACAGGGCGAUGAAAGGGAGGCUUUCAAAAGAGCUAAUUUACAUAAAACUACACUUACUGCUUGGUUUCUCUUAAAUCAAUUUUAUCCUUACGCCAGACAAUAUCUAUACAUUGAUAUUCCUUAUCACUAUGUUUUUGUCAAUUAUAUCUGGCAAAAAAGAAAACGUGGCCAUCAAUCUAUCAUCUCCUGA